GUCGACACCGUCUAGCGCGUGCUGCACGCCUCGUCGGCAGCUCGACAAACAAUCGGUAGGUCUAAUACAGACCGCAGGCUUGGAACGACUUGUCUUGUUUCUUAACCUGAUCUCGGAGAUCCCGACGGUGCAAGUACUUUGCUGAGCCUCGGAGUUGAAACCCCUGUCCUCGCCUUUGCAUCGUGGCUUGCAUCUGCAAAAUUUCGCAGUCGUUUUCCAUCUUACAUCCUCUUACCUGCCGCUUCGUGCGUGGCGUAACGAUGAUGGCUCCGUCUAUGCCCCCAUCCAUGACUAUGAACAGGCGGAUCAUAAACAGAGCCCUCCACCGUGCUAACGAUUCCCUCGCCAUGUCACGAAGACAAGCGCGUCCAGUACCCGAUGGUUCCGCUAUACCCAAUCCGCAAUCACAUCGACACUCGCAUCAAAUGGCGCGUUCGGAAUCAGCGUUAUCCAUGCACUGGCUUUUUCGUAGUAAUCUUCCUCGCAGGAGGGGAACACCACCUGCUCCUGUUGACGUCCGGAAACGAAACUUCUUCGGAAUCGGAGAGAUUCUGCAGGUCGUGGCUAACCCCGCAGAAACUCUUCGUUCGUUGACAGAGUCUCGUCGUCUGCUUGAGGAGGCACGCCAGGAGAUGCUCGACAAUCGCGAACGCGCUCAACUUCGCCCGUCUCACACAUUCACUGCCUUACCCGGAUUCCACGCUCGCCAGUCCGAACUUCACGCCAUAGAGCGCGCGUUGGAAGAAGAACCUUGCUUUACUGUCUUAUUUGGUGGGAGCUCCGUGGGCAAGACUGCGCUCCUACGUCAAGUAUUGACAUCAGACAGAUAUCAUGUCCUGCACUUCGACCUGAGGAUCGCUGGUUUCGCCGAUAUUGACUCGCUCUAUAUGUCUCUGAGCCAGCAAAUGGAACAGUACUUCACUGAGAUCUCAAAGUCGAAGGGAUAUGACGUCUUCGAGAAGGAGGCGUGGGGCUUCAAGCAUGAUCGCAUGAAUGUGGACCGCAGGAUGGCCGAUCGAGGUGGAGUGCUGGGUCAGAUCAAGACGAGUGAUAUCGCGAGACUCAUGGAGCUUUUCCAGAGCUCUCUGCUGAGGUACAGGCAGUUCGACCCAAUCCAGGAGCACAACAAGAAUAAGCAGUCUCAAUCCACACCUAGCCCUCCAAACGACGCUCCAAUCUCGGCGCAGAAUCGUCCUCAUAACGCUGCUCGAUGGCGCAAGAUAUGGCGUUCGCAAGGGCAGCCCUCACAAUUUUCCGACGCCGAGUACGAGAAGAUCGCAGAAGAGGGCCGAUUCCCGCCAAAGAAGAUGCCCGUGCUCUUCUUUGAUGAAGCACACAAACUUCCAGGUCUGAUCCAGUCCAUAGAUGCGAUGAAGUGUCUUCUUGAUUCCAUGCUAGUCCUCACGAAGCAAGAUCGUCUCUGUCACGUAAUACACUCGACCAGCGAUCCCUUUUAUCAGACAUGGUUAAGACAGCUCAACGUCAUGCAACAUUGCAAGAUCAUCACUAUUGGCGACUGUUCCAAGGCUGAGGCACGGAAAUAUUUCGAAGAGGUCCUGUUGAAUGAUGUGCCAGAAGGGUUACGGAGGACACUGGAAUUUGAUAGGCUGUAUGAAGCCUUCGGAGGCCGUUUAGUCCAUUGGCAGGACUAUAUCGACGACUUUGUCAACUCGCGUGGGCAACUAGAAGUUCAUCAAAGUUCCCACUUUAUUCAAGCUCACGCCCUCCUCAAUCUUCACAUCAUCCACUCGUCUGACACUCCUCAGUUCAACGAUCCCAACAAACCGAACCUAACCGAUGAUGAUGCUCGUAGUAGCCCCACCGCGCACCCCGGCCGUGACCCCUCCGCUGCCACCCACGGCGGCCUCGGUGCCGGCUUCAACAUCUAUACUCCUCUUCAGGGCGCUCCUCGCAAUCCUCACGCGAGCGGUAGUAUGGAGGCUCCAGGGCAGCAACAAUCCGACUUCACGGCGAUCCAGCUAUUGAGGGUGAUGAGCCGGUUGACGCACCCUGGAGUGAGGAGUCUGCCUUAUUUCACGCUUUGCAGGGAGUUUGGGGUCAAGGCGAUCGAUGGGAUGGUCAAAGGGCGGAUAUUGGAUCUGAGGUGGACGGAGCCGGUGACGAGGGAGGGGCAUGUGGAACAGGUUCUUGGUGGGGCGAGUGCAAGGGCGUCUCGGGUCGUGUCGCCGCCUUUGACUUCGGAGGGAGGGGCCGCGCCGACGGUGAGAGCUGGGAAUGGGAAUGGAAACGGGAAUGGGACGGCGAAUAUGAAUCCUAUUGGGGUGCACGUGGGUGGGUCGAGCAGUGGGACAGUGAUUAUGAGUGAGUCGGGAGAAGGGGGAUUCGUACCGAUUUCGGAGAGAGAGGCGAUGGGCUUGGCAGUGGGAGUGGGUACGGGAGGUACGGGAGGUACAGGCGGUACAGGAGGCCUCGCUGCUCCUGGUCCUAGGAUGAGCACCGCUUCUAGACCUGGGUUCGUGGUGUAUCCGAGUGGCCAAGAGGAGGAGGAAGAGGUUAUUGGACCGAAGGUGAUGCCGGCAUCGCCGAUUUUGAGGUAUGCGAUGAGGGAAGUUGUCGCGGAGUAUGAGGACACAAGGUCAGUUUCGGACUAUGCUUCCCUGGUAGAUGUGGAUGAGUAUUAGGUUUCCUUUCUGUGUUUCUUCGUCGGCUUCGUGGUCGCUUUCGAAUAGCUAUCGAUUCUUUCUUGGGUCAUCUAUAUUAUUUGGUGUGGUCGAGUUGUACUGGACCUGCCUGUUUCCAUAUAUUUAUCUAUAUAGCAUAUCUACGACGUUUCUUAGUUAAGGACUAUAGGGACUACAGGACAAUACCGAUUCUGCACUACGUUCUAUGUACAUCUUGUCUUAUUGUGAUUAUUGUACAUACUUAUGUUACCGGCGUCAGCUUGCCUCACGAAGCCUCCAUUGGCCGGGAUAUUUAGUCUGCUGCGGUUAUGUUGGUGAAGUUUGUGUCACU